UGUCCAAUAUGAAGUUGAUCACAAUUUACUGCAUCUAAAUUAAGCCUAAUUAUUUCUAAUUGACAUUUCACUAUAAAUAUACGUAACAUUAGCAAAUCUAUUCGUGCCAAUCUGGCUGCCAAUACCCUCUGGCUUCUUACCAAGUGCGGCGUUCGCUGGUAAAAAUAAACUUUUACCAAAUCCUUUAGUUUGUGAAGUUCGUAAAGUUAGUGAAAUGAGUCGAGUGCCUAACCGACCCAACGUGAAGUUGGCUAAACUUUGGUACAAAUACAGGACGGAACCUAAAGAGAAAGUUGAGGAAAAGCCUGCAGAAGAAGAAGUUGCUCAAGAAACAAAGGAAUAUGAAUCGUAUCCUCCGUACAAUUUCUCGUGGUUCAUUGAGAACAAGAUCGCGGCUAUGGGUUUCCCCCAAACGGUGGAAAAUCUGAACUAUCUCGCCGACGUAGGAGUCAAUCACCUCAUCACGCUGUCACCAGAGAGAAUCCCGCCAAUAUUGGAGUGCGAGAAAAAAAUGAAAUGGUCAGAGAUUAGGAUCAAGGAGUUCGGUGUCCCAACUUUGAAACAGAUUCUGAAGUUUAUUGAAAUAUGUGAACGAGCUGAAAUGAGGGGGGAGGUGAUAGGCGUCCACUGCCGCCAGGGGCGAGGACGUACGGGCACCAUGCUGGCCUGCUAUCUGGUACACUUCAAGGGAAUGGCCCCGGAGAGAGCUGUGCUCACUGUCAGGGUGCAGAGACCAGGUUCCUGCGAGACCUACGAGCAAGAAAAAGUGGUAUGCCACUACCACGACUGCCUCCGAGGGACCAUAGACAAACCCGACUACAGAUUAGUUGACGACAAAGUUUACUUCAAUUUCUCUAUGAAAUACUUGUAUACCGACGAAGAUUUUCGUAAGAAAAAAGAUGAAACCGAAACGCCAGAAAAUGAUGAAGAAUCUGAGGAUCUUAAAAUAGUCAAACUCGGAGACCCUAAAGAAGAGAAACACGUUAAAAUAAAAAUUCCUCGAAAAAAAACAAAUGCAAUGGUGAUCAAUCAUAAGAUUUAUUUUUGAAUUUUAGUAUUUACAAUUUUUUUCGUAAUUAAAAUAUUGCAAGUUUUUGUUUGGUUCACAUGUAUAUUUUUGUAAAAAAUGGAUAUUAAAAUUAUGUUUUGGAAUUGC